AUGGGUUGGGUGAUCGCCGUCUAUGCCAUGUCGACAUUUUGCUGCUGUUGCUGCUCAAAUCGGACAUUUUGUGGAGCGGCGCGAUGGUUUCUGUGCUUUGUGCGAGAUCACCUCUUCAAUUUCAAAGUCUGGUUCUGCUUUAUUUGCUGUGGAGAUGGGAAUCCUGAUAAUCGACCUUUUUACCGCGGAAUCGUUCAACUGAAUGGCCAAGUGGUCGAGUAUGAUCAUCGUCGACAGCAAGCACCGUUUGUGAACGAAGAUGGAGUCGUCGAAACUGAGAGCACUCCUCUCAUAAUUCAACAGCAACCCGUGAGCCAACCAGCACCAGCACAGCAGCAGCAGCAGCAGCAGCAGCCAGAAUUGAUCACUUCUGUUUCGGCAACUGUUCACCAACCGCCAAGUCAGAUUUUUGUUGCUCCUAUCUCCGAGCAGUCGCAGCAGCAGCAGCAAUUGCCUCGUCCGUUUUCUCCAACAAAUCAGGCGAACAAUGUUAUUGAUGAGCCAACAACAGCAAAAUUAAAACGAAAGAAAAGUCGGCGAGUAAGUUUUAAACGAUUGUCGCCAAUCAGCCCGAUCGCAAAAAUCGUUCGACGAAAGACAAAAAAGAGGGUGAUUAUUGAGAGCCCUGUAUUCACAACGCCUCCGGAACACAUGUCUCCACCACUUACAAACGAGCAACAAGUGGAGACAAUCGAAGACGCAGCAAACGAAGUCAGAGUUUUCAACUCUGAGACAGUGGACCAACUUCGCCUUGAUCGAGACAAAGUAAUCUCAGGUCUUAAAAGUGUAGUUCACGGGGGAGUUCAGAUUGCAUCCGUCGUCAUUUCGUAUUCGACACCUGUUCUCAGCUAUGGCGCUCGUGGUGUCGCUAAUACGCUCAAUCGUGCUAUUUGGGGUGGCGGUGGCGGUGGUCAAGUCACCUUUCUUCAAGACGAUCUCGAUCUUGUGAGCGAUUACGAAGGAGAAACGUACAUGGAAAGCGGUCAAAAUCUUCACCACCCCAAGUUCUUUCAAGAUUCGGACUUGGACGAGAUGAUGGACGAAAACUCUCCCCCAUCACCGACGACGACGAUUCAAGACGAAGAGAUGAUGAACCUUCAUUACUACAAAGUCCGAUCGCCGCCGCACAAAAGGCGAAUCCAAUGGAUUAUGAACCUGUUUCUCCUGCUGGCAAUGACGGCAACAAUGGCAAUGACAAUGAGAAUCUAUCUGGACAUUUAUCGCCGGGAGGAACAACGAGCGCAGAAGGCAGAGGAAACGGUCACAGAUUUUCCGGAAUCGAGCAGCGAUUGGAGCCUGUUUUGGGACGACGAAGUUCCCCCUCCGCGCCGACGACGACGAUAA